AGUUCCCCCCCAUUUACAUUUUUAAGCUGCUCGUCCCCGGUUUUUAUGUUGUUUUCCCCCCGCGGAAGGACAACGGGAAAGACUAAAACAGAGAUCUCCCAUGAUUCAACUUGAUCAACAUCUGUGGUUCUACUUGCUAAGCCUCAUUUCUCUAUUGACGCAAGGCCUUGUUCUUCCCGCUCUUGUUUGCCACAACUAAGUAGGACCUGCUGCAUGAUCGUUAGCUAGUAUGUUCUACGCGCAGUAGUGAACUAGGACUACACCUGACUCCAACCAAAAAAAAGUGCAAUCUUAGUCUGUUGUUGGCUUCCAAGAAGCAGCUGAUGUCGCCUGUGCUGUCAGCAUAAUAUCAAGUUUCCUACGACUUUAGAACAUCACAUCGUUACACAGCUAGGACCGAAUCAAUUACAACAUCUUCGACCCCCCUUUCUGAAGCAUUGUUCAGAUAAAAAAAGUCCAUUUAGUCUUCCACAAGAACCAACGAACCAUGCCACAGUACAGUGUGGAAGUCGGCGGCAACCAGCUUGGCGCUGUCGUGAUUGAGACCAACAUCAAGCUAGACACGUCCCGGGACCUCGUCCCGGAGCAACUUCUUCCCUUCGUCCGUGCGGAAACGGACACCUUUGAUUUCAACGCGAUCACCAACCGCUUCUGGCGCGCAGUGGUCCACUUGUCCGGCGUAUUGGACCUGAUUCCGCCACAUGUGGAUAAGAACAAAAGGUCAAAGUCAAAAUCGUCAGCUGCUUCUGACAGUACAGCUGAUUCAUCCGUUUAUUCGCUGAAAAUCAACCAUCCCCAUCUAGAAAUUUGUCAUGCAAAAAAUGAAGGAAGUUCUGUGUUUGUCAUGCAAAAAAUGGAUGGGGAUGGUUAAUUUUCAGGGAAUACCGUUGAGAACAAGAAAACCUCCAAGCAGCGAGACUACUUGGACAAUUACGAUGAGGUGACGGGUUAUGGAAGUGUCAGGAUUAAAAUAAAUUGACAAAGAGUUGAAAAAUUUGUGAUGCAUAAAUCCGAUACCAGUUGGAAGCCCAAUUUCUAAGUGGCGCAUGACAAAUUUGGGCGUCAUCAUAAUCCAGUUUGUUAUGCUUUUUAGCAGCUCUAUCCCAAAGCCGAAACAGGCUCACAAUCGGCCUUACUUGCAAUCCCUGCAAGACAGUCGCUUCGUGCCUUGCAUUUUAUGCAUCACAAAAUUUUCGACUUUGUCAAUUUCGAUUCUGACACUUCCAUACGGGUCUGGCUAAAGAAUCGCUCACGGAGAAAAUGACCAAAGCGGCGUUUGGUCCCUCGGCAAAAUACAGCUCCGGGUUUGUGAAUCAGCACUCGGUUUAUUACCACAUUAAUGAGGCGGUGAAGGAGUUGCAGUUGUGCGUGAAAGAGAAUUUCAAAUAUUCCAAAUCCGUGGCUGACUCCGAGUACCAGGCGACAAAGUCGGACUACACAGAGAAAGUGUGGUCGGCCCUGACGGGCCAGGGAAGUGCGGAGAAGCAGAAUGUGUUUGGCGACUGCUUGUUUCUCCUGUCCGCGUUGGAACGGCAAGGGUAUUUGGAAAAGUUGAAGAUGCCGCAAAAUUUGCUCGAUAGUGAACAAACUGGCAUGAUAAAUACAAAUUCCAACUCUAAGAACUCGACCCGCCGGGUUCUUUCGACUAAACUCCGGGAAAACGAUGAAUCUGGCGACGCGGACCUGUUGUCCAAAAUGCUAUCGCAGCAGGGACGGGUGUCGGUGCUUGAGCAAACGGGUUAUGGCGUUGCCAUGAUGGAAAACUCGUCCCUCGGCGGGUUGGCGUUUAUGUCGCUCGAAACGAAACCGGCGUUCGCCAAGAUGUUCUUCAAGAAAGCUGCUGGAGGUGGUAGUACUGGCACAACAACUUCGUCUUCGAAGAAGGCAAAAACAUCUUCGACACCUCAAAGUGUGGAGUUCCGGAGUACGAUUUUCGACAUUUUUCGCGAGGACAAAAGAACCACAACAUCUUCAAACCCUGACGACGAGGACUACAAGGAUCUACUUCCCAAUAAAUCCACUUCUACCCUGCUCAACAUCCACUUCGGGCAGCCAUUAAGGCAAACGCUGAAGCAGAAGGAGAAGUUUCUCAAUGAGAAAGCAAAUCCAUUUAAAAAGGGCAAACACAUCAUUCUCGACGGGGAGAUCACGAAGUGGCCGUCGAUCGAGGGCGACGCGAUGCUGCAGAUUGGCUCGGCGUAUGAGCACGCUUUGGGGGAUGCGUUGCCGACAGACUUGGUCAAAACGAUAGUACACGGGACGAAAUGGGCACAGUCCUCCGACAGUACUACUUCUUCCAAGACUACUCCAGACUUCAGUUUCUUCGACAGCAAACGCGACCCGGAGAAGAUGCAGAAUUGCAAGCAUUUCGGGUUUCCGCAGUCAGAAGCGCAAAACAGCGUGAAAAACCACAUCAAGAACUAUAACCCGCUCAGGUGUUACAAUCUCAAGCGUUGCAAUAGAGUCUGGGAUUGGUCUUGCAUCAUGAGCAUUACAGACUCGCAGACCGUUCCACUUUCUGCAAUACAAAUUUAGCCAGAUUGUAGUGCGGUUUGGGACUCCGGAACUUGUCAUGCGCAGUCCUAUGAGAUUUGGCUAGGUCAUGCAGUUCUUGCAUCCCAGAUUUCCAGAUUCUAUUGCAACGUUGUUUGAGAUUGUAACGCUUGAACAGGUCAUCAGAACCAGCUCGCGGCCAUGCGUGCGGAGGAGAAGGAAAACAUGCAGAAACGAGAAAUAUCAAAUGUAAAAAUGUCUGGGUCUGGAAGAGUCAUGCUGUUUUUGCAUGACACAGAAGGUCUGGCAUGGAAGCUCUAGCAUCACAGGUUUCGAGAAGCUUCCGCAAUGCCGAAUCCGCAUGACAAGUCCCCUAUUUUGCUGACAGAAAGUGGGCAGCUUUUGCUACGUAUGCAUGAGAGACUUUUCUGUGUUCUGAAAUACGCAUUACAAGUUGCAUUCUUCCAGCCCCAGACAUUUUUACAUUUGAUAAGAAAAAGAGGCGAGCAAAAACUUUGAUGCCAAGGCGAGAUCCUUCACCUUGUCGAAUUUCGUUCAUUCUACGGCUGUGCACGCGGUGUCGAAGUACGAGCAGAACCCAGUGCCGCAACCGGUUUCCCGGGAGUUUAUGGAGUGGCAGAACAUUGUGGAAAACAACGAGGCGAUCUUCCAUUGGGAUCAGAUGCUCCGGGGAGACGUGAACGGCAUGCAGCGAACGGCGGAAGCUUUGUUCUACGGAGACCGGCAGUUGCCCCAACUGCAGGUCGAUUACGAAAUUCUAGGCGGCGGCGCUUUCGUCUGCGCGGUUUUGCUCGUUUUUCUUGUUCUCUGCACUUUACUGUUUCGCGGGGUUUGCUGCCGAGGUUGUUGUAGCAAAAUCUUCUGCUGCUGUUGCGGUUUUGCUUGUCGGAAGAGAGGUUUAUCGGCGAAGAACAAAGUAGAAGAUGGAACCGAUAGCAGUGCAGAGCCAGGAGUGAAAGGGAAAAAGAACAGCAGAAGAACCACAUCGAAGGAAUCGACGACGGGAUCCUCUGGGAAGAACAGCAAAACCGCGAGCCCGAAAGAGUCGCCGAGAGCUGCUGCAACUUCUGCUGAAGACGGCGGGAAAAACGCUGUUGCGGUAGGAAGUAGCAGCUCUGGUGAACAAAGUAAACUCGUUCUGACUGACAUGAAUAAAGACAAAAAGAAGACUGCUGCAGGUAGUGCGGGGAAUAAAGAGAAAGACCAAGACGGCAUCAACAAGACUACAGACGGCCAAAGCCCCACUACCGGCGCCGAGCAACCAAAUAAACCCCUCUUCACAAAACGGGACUGCCCCGUCAUCUGCGUAAUUAUCCUCGUGCUUUUCCUCUUCUUUCUCAACCUGAGCCUUUCCCAGGAGCACAUCCGCAUGAGACAAGACCAGGAGAAAGGCAUCGAGCUGUUCGCGGAGGCCGCCACCAAGGGGUCGUGGCAGGCGACCUACUAUGCAUUGCAAAUGUGUCUGGGUCUGGAAAGUUGUAAUGCUACAGCUGAACGGUAUGCGCACUGCAAUACGCAGCCAAGCAUGACAAAAUAAUGCAUGGGCUGGUAAAAAUAUGUGCUGCUGCUCCUGCUGCGUAUUCCGCAUGACAGACUGCGUUUUUGCGCGACAGGUAAGAGGGCCUGUUCCAGCCCAUGCAUCACAGAGUCUCGAGCCGUGUCUAAUAUGCAUGACAAAUCUAGGAAUCUUCCAGACCCAGACAAGACAUAUUUGCAGUGCAUACCUACCAACUCGCGCUAAUCGCCGUGCAAGCCGGGGACGUUACGAAAGGGGUGGACUUGAUGGCCGAGGUGAAGAACGUGUUGGAUGUGGAGUUCGACGUGACCGACGAAGAAUUAGAAGACGUCCGCGCCACGAUCGUGGAGCAACAAGCACCUCUAUUGUACGGCGACGCAUAUGAAAAAGAGCACGGGGUCCCGAUGCCGGACUUCAAAACCCGCGCGGGGUGGACGAAACCUGUUUGGGCCAAUGAAGACCGAAAAGUCGCGCGGUUUAUCCCGAAAAACAUCGAAUUAUCCGACAACAUCGAGGUGAUUUCGACCUACGCGAUGUGCCAGUUCUACGUCUUCGCGACCAAAUACGACGACAAAAAACUCAUCGACAAAUACUUGUCCAAAAACGACUACCACCCGAUCCACAAAAACGACAUGACGCGACGUCAUACCCACAUGCGACAGACUGCGGGGGAAUAUUUGAAGGUAGCCGCGGAUCUUGGGGAUGGAAACGCGGCUUUGAUGCUUGCGGAUGAGUACAUGCGGGAAGUUGUUGCGGUGGGGAGCACCCCGAGCAACGAUAAGAAUCACGCGGCGGACAAACAAUCCGACGAGCAAAAAUUGGCAAACGUCCUGCGGAUCAGACCCUAUGACUUGGAGAAGGCGCUUUACUACUUAGAUAUCAAGUGUAAAAGUGUCUGGGUCUGGAAGGAUGUAACUUGUGAUGCGCAUUUCAGAACACACAAAAAUCUCUGAUGCAUAGGCAGCAAAAGCUGCUCACUUCUGUCACCAAAGUGGAGGAUUUGUCAUGCGGAUUCGGCAUUGCGGAAGCUUCUCGAAACCUGUGAUGCUAGAGCUUCCAUGCCAGUCCUUCUGUGUCAUGCAGAAACAGCAUGAUUCUUCCAGACCCAGACAUUUUUACAUUUGAUAUUAGAACUGGCCGUGCAAGUCCACGGUCGGAUUGCCGCGAACGUGAAAAUCUGGUAUUGAAACGAAAAAUCCCCCCUCCCCAUAUCGGAAACGGAAGAUGCGCGAAUUUGUGAUGCUGUAUUUGAGUACACAAAUCGACUUGUAUUGCUAGAAGGCCAAGAGACAAAGCUGCGGCCUAAAUUGCAGGCAAUCUGUCAUGCUGUUUCACACUUCCAGUUGCCUCCUGUCAUCCUGGAGCUGCAAGGCUUUCCCACGCUAGACAGCACUGCAGUCUGCAUCUCUUGCCUUCUAGCAUCACAAAGCUGGUUUGUGACCACAAAUCUGCAUCACAGAUUUCCGUUUUGAUAUGGGGAGGGGGGAUUUUUCCUGUCGAUAUCUGGAAGGCGUUGCUUUUGUUACACUCCUAUCAGGAAUCGCAGCAGGCGAGUGACCAGCUGGCGGUGUUAACCAUGGCCUCGGAAAAGAGGUACGAGUACAUGGUGGUGCGGUUGUUGGAUUUGAGAGAAAAACAAUCCGCUUUGUUCUGCCCGAUGUUAAAGCACCUCUUAAACGCGGCGUACGAUAUGGAACCCGUGUCGAGGCUAAUGUACGCGAUCGCGACGAGGACGCAGGAGAUUUACUUCUCAAAAUCCCGGGGGCUGUCGACGAGCCGGGUGUCUCCCGGAGCGGCAUUAGUGUACGGGUUGAUAGCGGAAACGGGGCACGAAUUGGCGGCCAGGUCGGCGGUGGAUUUGUUGUCAAAAUUCUCGAAAAGUGAUAUCGAGCAGUAUUUAACGGGGGGAGGGAAUGAUCUUGGAACAAUAAAAUCGACUGCAAGCUCCAUGAUCAAGUCCAUGCUUUCGCUCGGAGGUGGAGACUCGGGAAGCAGUAGUCGUGCCAGCAAUACGGAAGCGUCGUCCGUAUUAACGCAGGCCGGUGAAGUCGAUUCAUCCAUGACCUCGCAAGUGGACGUCGACAAGCUUCUCCUUCCCUUCUCCCGGUACUUUUUCUGCUGCCCUUCCGGCGACUGUAAAAAGGGCAAGCAAAAAUGGCUUUACAACGAGGGCGACCACAAUUUCCAGUCCUGCGUCCGGGAGUGCAAGGACCGGCAAGUGUGUAGGUUCCUGACGUUUUACCAGUCCGGGUAUUGCCAAUUGAGCGAAAAUUGCGACAGCAUGGACGUGGCGGGCGAUCAAUCGGCGAUCACGUUUGAGUUAGUGGCGAACGGGACAACAACGAGUACUCCGGCACACGACCAGCUUGUGCUUGGCAAGCAGCUAUCGCCGGAGGUGCAGCAGCUGCCUUUGUUCACAGGGACCAUUACAACCACUCCCAGCGAGGAAAUGGAAAUCUACAAACACGAAUCCGCCUCCUGCAUCGAAUCCCCCUUUCUCUGCGCCGCUCAACUCGCGCUGCGGACGGGGAACCGGGACAAAGCGGCGGAAAAUUACGAGAAGGCGGGUCUGUUCGGACACUCUGCGGUGCUGUACUGUGAACAGGUCGAGGAAUGGUAUGACAAUGCACAACUCCCCCUCCCCUCAUCUGUCAUGCAACGCACCCAAUCCACACAUUGCCUCUUGGCACUGUUUGCAUGACAAGUUCUGGUAGCCCAAAUAGCUGCACUACACUCCAGUGCAAAUUUGUCAUGCAAAACCGUCAUUCUUUUUCUUCCUGAUGCUUGUAUUGCCGUUCAUCUACUUCAUGCUAUACAAAUGAGGGGGAGGGGGAGUUGUGCACUGUCAUAAAUAGGCUGAGGAAGAGGAGAAACGACUGAAGAAAUUGGCGAAAAAGAACAAGAACAAAUCGAAGUAUGUAAAAACAAAUCAAGGCGGAAAAGGAACAUCAAAUAAAGCCACACUAGACUCAGGAGAUGAAUCACAGUCCGGGUCUUCGGAAUCUGCUGGUCGUGCUGCUUCGAAAUCUUCUAAACAAGACGGAAAAGAGCAGGAAGGCGAAAACCAUAACCAACCAGCUCCUGCGUCGUCCGAGCAUUUCGACCCGGAGAUCGCGAAGAGGAUAUGCUGUGCAAAAGCAUCGUACUAGUAUAAAUUGCAUUACAAAUAAUUUUCGCAAGAACAAAAAUGCAAUUUGUCAUGCUAUUUGUGGUAGAAGGUUGGAUUUGUCAUGCAUAUCUGCAAUUAGUACGAGUGCGAUACCGUUGCACAGGAUGGAGAAUCGUCUACUGCAACGAGUUGAAGGCGAAAUACAGCAAGAAAGAACUCCCCGAUAUCAAAAGUAGGAAAAAUCCCCCCUCCCCAUAUCAAAACGAAGUUUCUAAUGCAGGAUUUGCGUACACAAAUAAGAUUUGUCUUGCUGGAGAGGAAUGCAGCCCCAUACUAAGCCUGAGUAGAGAGGUUCUGGCCUAGGCGUCUAGCAUGAGAAACGUCCGUGCUGUAGGCCCAUCAGCAUCACAGACCGCCCGCACAAUGCUGCGGAGCUUGUGGAGUUGCCUUCUUGCAACACAGACGUGAUUUGUGGUCUCAAAUCAGCAACACAAAUUUCCGGAAACAUACCUUUUCGAUACGGGGAGGGGGGAUUUUUCCUCUUAAUACCCGACUCCCUCUUCCGGCAGUUGAAGUUUCUGAUGCAGGAGCGGGAAGACGGCCAGGAACUGCUCAUGCCGAACUUUUUGCACGCCACAACUUCGAUUGCGGGUUUGGUUUUGCAGCUGGUGUCCACCGUGUUGGAUCAUUGCGUGAUAAAGCGGGAUGUGGCCAGUGCCUCUUGGAAAGUGGCCUCUUCCAAGCCGAGUUCGGUGGUUAUGCUGAGGAUCUUCUCUCCCUCAACCUUGAUGAUGCUGCUUGCAGUCGGGGACGAGGAUGGAGAAAAUGAAACAAAUUUGAGUGAUCUAUUCAAUGCGGUGUACCAGGGGGUGGACUGCAACGUUGCGAAAGCGAUAAAGGAGGUUGGACUGGAUGAGGAAGAAGGUUCAACUUCGGCGAACAAAGCCUCCAUUGGGAAGAACAACAAGAAGAAUACUAAAAGCACGAAAGACACAGACCCGGACGCCUCCACCGCGAAACUUCGGUUAAAACACCUCCAGAAACGCCUUCUCGAGAACAAGAACUCCAUCGAGACAGCUGUGCGGCUUAGCAUUCUCGGAACCGUGAUUGGCUGGAUUUUCGUGGUCUGGUUGUCGCUAGUGUUGCUGAAAGCGGUGGUCAGGUCUGUGAAGGGAUUUUUGAAGAAGAAAGGGGAUAGUGGAGGUGAUGGUGCGGCUGGUACGGAAGAAGCUGCAGGUUCUAGUGCUGGGCGCGUGGAAGCGAACGCUGCGACCAAGACAUCGCAACUUCAGAAAAACAAGCAGGUAGCUGGCGCUGCUGGUGGGAAUAAAGAUAAGCAGAAGGAUGAGUGAAGAGAUGAAUCACUGAAUAAAUAAAGAAAUGAAGUAGAAACAGAUGCUUUUUUUGCAUGCGACUUUUAAUGAUAAUGAACGUGGAGUGGUGGCACCACUGCUGGCGCUAUCUUCCAGUUCUUUAGUUUGAAAAUGAUCUGCUCCAGGAGCAAUCUACUACGAAUCGUUGAUGAAGAUUUUCUACUUAUUAAUGAUUUCUUUUUGCCUCUAACCAAUACCAUUGAUUACCAAAAAACCUUCAAAGAAGUCUUGUUUAUUCCGCGCUACGACUUACGAGCUAGAGCCUGGAAUUACUGUUGUAUGAAAGCUGAAGAUGAACAAAAAACCGAAAAAACCGAGCGACGCGCUUUUUGUUUACUGUACUCAUUU